AUGCCUCAUGCUUUCAAUGCAGGAAAUCAAGGACGUACUGUUGUGAUGCCUGCUAGCGAAGUACCUGUUAAAUCGGCCAAAAUGGUAAAAACGGGAAUUUCGAUUGGGAAAUAUGGGAGACAGAGAAUGCAUCAUAUAAAUCCAAGCAUGAAAAUUCAUGAUGAUUUCAAAGUACCUACUGCUAGCAACUUCAUAGUUGAUAUGGGAAAGAGAAAAUUCCUCGAGUUACAAGCAACAAUAAGAAGACAGAAAGUGCCGCCACUAGAUGUACCUGAACUCCUGGCCUACUUUGUUAAACAGCCUGGGCCAUUUUUGGAUCAACUUGGAGUCAGCAGAGAUACAUGCGACAAGAUAGUUGAAAGCUUGUAUAGAAAACGCAAGUACCAACUUCUACCGCAUUCUGUUUCUGAAGAAGACUCUUUUGUACUCUGGAAUGGAAACGAACCAUUUUAA